AUGAUGGACUCAACUCCAGUGUCAAGUGCCAUACCCCAGGGCUUGGGUAUCGAGAGCCUUCUGGCGGAAUGCGCGGUAAGUUCCCUGAUCGUCACGCCAAAGUCGCGAGUCUUCAUGCGACUGCUGAUGCUAUGCCGCUUUUCAGAGUCAAUGCGUCUCGACAAUAAUCGCAUCAGCGACGAGUGCACAAACCGCCGUCAAAUUUCUUUGCUCGUCGAUGGACUAAAGAGCCAAAGAAUCCUAUUCGACAUUUGUGGACUUCCCAAUCGAGAUAGAGGUGCCUCAGCCACUGCGAGUGCCGUAGCAGGGGCUAUUGUGGCUGUAUUUAGUGUUGGUGUCCGCAUGUACUCCCAACUCUCACGGUUGGAUUACAUGAUUGGACUGGAUGACUAUGCCCUCAUUUUCUCAAUGUUGAUGUCAGUACCUAUGAGCGUGGUUGUUGUGUUCACGGUUCAAAAUGGCCUCGGAAAAGACAUCUGGACACUCACACCGGAGCAAAUCAACGAGUUCUUCAAACUUACCCGACUCGCCAAGCUGUUCUACAUCGGAGAGCACUUUUAUGCAUUCACCGUCAUGUUUGCGAAGACAAAUUUCCUGUUCUUCUACUUGCGCCUAUUUUCCGAUGAAAAGUUUAGGCGCUUGACUUGGGGUGUCAUAUGGGCAUGCGUCAUAUCAGCCGUUUCGUUCCUAGUUGCGACUUCAGUUCAGUGCUGGCCCAUCAGCUACACCUGGACUAAGUGGGAUGGAGAACACCAAGGCCGUUGCCACGAUAUUAAUAUCCAGACUUGGGCCCAUGCAUCGGUCAAUAUUGCUCUUGAUGUUAUUGUAGUAGCGAUGCCCAUUUCUCAAAUCGUCAGGCUCAACUGGCGAUGGAGACAGAAGGUUGGGGCCGGUAUGAUGUUCGCUGUAGCAUUGUUGAUCACCUUUGUCUCCAUUCUGAGGCUCAGCUCUAUCAGAGAUUUCAUGAAGACUUCGAAUCCGACAUGGGACAUUGUGCCAAUCUCUAACUGGUCAUUCGUCGAGUUGAACGGCUUCAUCUUCUGCUCUUGCAUGCCUGCCUUUAGAGACUAUUUCCGUCGUCUAUUUUUACGAAGGAAACGAACAGUUCAAAAUGUAAGCUCCAUAUUUGGUGCUAGGCCGAGAAUGAGGACUAUUGGGGAUAGUGUCUUGCGACCGAGCGAUCGGUUGCACGAACUAAUUUCUGUUGACAACGACAACGAUGAGCCUGAUCAUUCUCUUCGGGACAUUAGCCAUGUGGAUCUGGGAAUCGGACACCAUUCAACCGGUGUGUUGCCCGCCGUAAAGGAAGAACGCGAUACUAAAGCACUAGUUGCAAAUCACUCAAGUCGGGAUGGUGAUAAUAGGCCACCGGACGAGCAGCCCGAAGAAGUGGAUCUUGGAGACUUGAAGCAUUUGGCACCGUGGGUCUCUAGAGGAACACGUAAACAAAAUGGCGGAUGCUCAGAUGCUCAAUCCCCGAGGAGGAGUGAGAGUCCCCGAUGA